GAGGGAGAGCAGAGAUCGCAUACAGCCCGAGAGGCACUGAGAUCUGAGAGCGCUAGAGAAACACAGACAGAAAGAUUAAGAAAAAAAAGAGGAUGAAUGAAAAAGAUGAAUAGCAAAUAGCAACAACGACAUUUUCACAUCCUGUCACCUGUGGUGUUUUUUUGGGGGGGAUUGAUACAGAUGGAGACACAGAACUUGUAUGACAACCUGGAUUUAAGAGUUACAUUGUGACAGGUGCGCAAAUUGGUCACAGACGGAAUAUUUGUGUCUUCAUCAUUAUUAAGGUCGGCAGUGUGACUGAUCAGAGAAAUAUCAAGUCUGUCAGAAGUGGUAAGACCAGCCAAUCAGCAGGGGAGAGAUGAUGAUGCAGGGCAGGCAAUUGGCCCUGGCUUUAAUGUUAUUGCACCUGCUGCUAUGGCACGAAUCUGUGACUAUCGAAGUACCACAAGACCCAAAGAUCCUGGCAGACCUGAGACAGCCCCCUACUAUAACCAAGCAGUCGGUGAAGGACUACAUUGUUGACCCCAGAGAUAACAUCAUCAUCGAGUGUGAGGCCAAGGGCAACCCGGUGCCAACGUUCUCAUGGCGAAGGAAUGGGAAGUUUUUCAACAUUGGAAAAGAUCCGCGUGUAACAAUGCGGAAACGCUCGGGAACCCUUGAAAUCGGUUUUCGUAAUGGAGGACGGCCAGAAGAUUAUGAAGGAGAGUACCAGUGUUUUUCCGGCAAUGAUCAUGGCUUGGCGAUGUCCAACAAAAUUCUACUCCGGGUCUCCAAGGCACCUCUGUGGCCUAAGGAGGUGCUGGAGCCAGUGGUGGUGACUGAAGGCUCCUCACUCGUCCUCCCCUGCAACCCACCUCCAGGCCUCCCUCCUCCAUUCACUUUCUGGAUGAACAGUAUGAUGAGUCCGAUCCCACAGGAUAAGCGAGUGUCCAAGGGUUUAAAUGGAGACUUGUACUUUUCCAAUGUCAUGGCCCAAGAUGCCCAGAAUGACUUUAGCUGCAGUGCUCGCUUCCUCUUCACUCACACGAUCCAGCAGAAGAACCCCUUCACUCUCAAAGUUUUUACCAACGAUCCUUAUAAUGACACCUCUUACAAUGACAGUGACCCAUAUGGUGGCCGUAAAGUUGUUGAGUCGACGCCAACCUUCCUCUCACCGUUGGGAAGUGAGAGUGCCAAAAUGGUGCUGAGAGACGAGCAACUGUUGUUGGAGUGUAUUGCUGCUGGACUCCCCACACCGACUACCAAAUGGUUCAAGAAAGGCGGUGAUCUGCCAGGACGGAAGGUGAAGUUUGAGAAUUACAACAAGACAAUGAAGAUUAUCAAUGUGUCAGAGGAGGACGCUGGGGAAUAUGUAUGCAUGGCCAACAAUCAUUUAGGUAGCAUACGUCACUCCAUUUUUGUUCAAGUCAAAGCGGCUCCUUACUGGCUAGACAAACCAACAAAUCUGGUGCUUGCUCCAGAAGAGAAUGGACGCCUGGUGUGUCGGGCAAAUGGCAACCCUAAACCGAGCAUCCAAUGGCUGGUUAAUGGUCUACCUAUAGACAGCUCUGUGCCCGAUCCUAGUCGACAAAUGAUGGGUGACACCAUCAUCUUCCGCUCAGUGCAGAUGGGAAGCAGUGCAGUCUACCAGUGCAACGCCUCGAACCAGCACGGUUAUCUGCUGGCCAAUGCCUUCGUCAGUGUCAUUGAUAUGCGUCCAAGGAUGCUCGGCCCGAAAAAUCAACUGAUAAAAGUCAUUGAGAACAACCGCACCUUUUUGGACUGUCCCUUCUUCGGUUCCCCUUUUCCAGAGUUACGCUGGUUUAAGAACGGUCAGGGCAGUGGCCUGGAUGGUGGUCAGUAUCGUGCUUACAUGAACGGCACCCUAGAGAUCAAACGGGCCAGAGCAGAGGACGAGGGCACCUACACCUGUGUGGCCAGCAGCAUUUUGGGCAUGGCCGAAAACCAGGUCCGCCUGGAGGUCAAAGAGCCGAGUCGUAUAGUUCGUGCCCCCGAACACCAGUCAGCCAUCAGAGGUUCCACAGCUCGUUUUGACUGUAAAGUGAAGUUUGAUCCCAGCCUGCCUGUCACUGUGGCUUGGACAAAGGAUGACAAGCCUAUCUAUCUCGGAUGGAGGCUGAGGAAAGAUGAGGAAUCACUGACCAUCCCAAACAUCAACGAGGGAGAUGAGGGAAUUUACACAUGUACUGUUAAAACAGAGAUUGACCAGGACUCAGCCUCGGCCCGUCUUACUGUCUUAGAAGAAGCCUCCCUCAACCCCUCAGUUUCUAGUGCCUUGCCUCCAGACCGCCCAGAUCCUCCAAUGGAUCUAGAACUGUCAGAUCCAGCAGCCCGAAGCGUUCGCCUCACCUGGAUCCCUGGAAAUGACCACAGAAGCCCUGUGACAGAAUUUCUGGUCCAGUUUGAGGAGGACCGCUGGGAGCCAGGAAGAUGGCAGGACCUGGCCACCUAUCCCGGGGACCUCAACUCCGUCAUUCUGCAGCUCACUCCUUUUGUAAACUACCAGUUCAGAGUUAUCUCCAUUAAUGCAGUGGGCCACAGUGAACCAAGCCACCCUUCACCAAAAUACCAGACGAGUAGCGCUGCUCCUGACGUCAUACCCAGAGGCCUCCGAGGCUGGGGCUCGGAGAAAGACAACAUGGAGGUCACUUGGGAGCCCCUGCUUGAUCUGGAGAAAAACGGUCCUAAUCUGCACUACUGCGUGUGGUGGAGACGAAAAGAUUCUGAUGGCGAGUGGAACAAUGUGACCAUUAUAGGACUCAAACAUGUUGUUCGCAACACAGAAACCUAUGUGCCCUAUGAGAUCAAAAUCCAGGCCAGGAAUGAGCUUGGAGCAGGACCAGAGUCUAAUGUGGUAAUUGGAUACUCAGGAGAAGACAAACCCACCAGUGCUCCAACUGAGCUGCACGUUUCUAAGGUGGACAGUAGCAAAGCAAACAUCCAAUGGAAGCCUGUCGACCAGGUCUCAGUCCGGGGAGAAUUCAAAGAGUACAGACUGUACUACUGGCGUGAAUCCAGUCAUGUCCCUGGUUUGGUGUUUCGUAAGGAGAACAAGACCAAAGGUUUCUACACCACCGUGGCUGAGCCGUCUGCCAUCCUCAGUGACCUCGUGCCCUUCUCGCGAUAUAAGAUGUUUAUGGUUGCAGCCAACAAUCGUUACGAGGGUCCACCUAGCAACACUGUUGAAUUCAGCACAAAGGAAGGAGUGCCGGAUGCUCCCAGUUUUUUCAGGAUCAAGCGAAGAGGUUUUGAUUCCAUUCACCUGGAAUGGGACAAACCUUUGGAGCCAAAUGGCCUUCUGAUUGGAUACCAGCUCAAAUACCAAACAGCCAAUGGAUCCAGGCAAGGUCGACCUCGUCUCGAGACUUUCCUUCCAAAUGUAACAGAGUUCACACUCCGUCUUCCGGAUCGAUCAACCCGCUACAACUUCUACCUGUCAGCGCUCACCCAGGUGGGAGCAGGGGAGAUCUUUGCUGAGGAAUCCCCCUUCUUUGCCAAUGAAGAAAACUUUACUGAUGCUACAGGUCUAGUUGAGCUUACGGAUGCCUCUUGGGCUUCAGAUUUCACUGUUACUCCUCCUCCUCUCGCUCCUCUUCCUCCCACUACUGCUGCUCCUACAGCCAUUAGUACCUCAACUUCUACUACCACGACCACUAUUACAAUGUCUACGACGACUACAACAACUGCUACUACCAUCGAUACAACUGAUGCAGGCCCUCCCACUCCACCUCCUGUGCUGGUCAUCAACAAGAAUAUUGAUAAGAAUGUGUUGGUGGCCCAUGGGCGAGAAAUCUGGAAUCUGACGGUGGAGCACAACAGUAACUACACUAACGUCAGCUGGAGACACAACUUCCCGGCCGGCAGCAGCAAGUUUGUGCUAGAGUUCACACUGGACAGCGACAAGACAAUGAAAACUGUACGAGUGACACAACAACCCCCUAUUACAGUGGCGGAUUUGAUUGUGGGUGCCAAGUACCAUCUGAGGGUUUACUCCCAUGAGCUCAGCAGCGUCACCAGCAAAUCUGUCACCUUUGAGACCAAAGCAGCCUACAUUGACCAGGUAGACAUCGCAACUCAGGGCUGGUUCAUUGGCUUGAUGUGCGCCAUUGCCCUCAUCAUACUGAUCCUUCUUAUUGUCUGCUUCAUCAAAAGGAGUCGUGGAGGCAAAUAUCCAGUCCGAGAUAAAAAAGAUCUUCCUUUGGAUGCUGUUGAUCACAAAGACCCAGAUGGAUCCUUUGAUUACCACAGCGAUGAGGACAACAAGCCUCUUCAAGGUAGCCAAACAUCACUGGAGGGCAAUGUGAAGGAGAGCGACGACAGCCUGGUGGACUACGGUGAAGGCGGCGAUGGCCAAUUCAAUGAGGAUGGGUCUUUCAUCGGUCAGUACACAGUGAAGAAGGACAAGGAUGAGACGGAAGGCAAUGAGAGCUCAGAGGCCACCUCACCGGUCAAUGCCAUCUACUCCCUGGCAUAGUACUGCAUAACACAACUUUUUACACUCAUUUACAUGGCCUGCUUUGGAGUGUUGUUGAUGCGCACACAGAUGAAGACUGUCUAUGAAAAUAGGAAAAGAACUGGUCCUCUUCAGUGACUGUGUAGGCCCUCCUCCGCAGGUAAAGUGAGAUAAUACUGGAGAGAAAUUAGAAUUCAUGCCUUUAUUUUACAUUUCCAGAACUUGGAAAAUCGUCACAUGGAGAAGAAAUUUGGUAAAAGUGCUAAUUUCGCUUUGUGCUCAGCCUACCUUUUAUCCACACAGACUUCAGUGUGCCUUCGGGGUAGCUUUCAGCGGUUUAAGCCAUCGAAAAGCACUCUGCAUAUUGUUUCCCAUUAUUUCAUCAAGAUUUUCAGUCAUUCUCUUUUGGUUUUAGACAGUGAUGUUCAGCCUAUAACCAACAAACUCACCAGGAUGCUAGCAGAUAUGUUUAUCAUAUUGAGAUAUACGCAAAGAAAGAGUUUAGUUUUUCCUCAGCUGGUAGAUGACUCAUUAAAUCUUAAUGAAUACUGUACGCAGUCCUGGCACACAAUUAAGUGCCCCUUACAUCUAUGCACUACCACCACCACCAUGCCAUUUCAUAUUCCUUAAUACACAGCUUCUUUUGUGUACCCCUUGCUGGCUAUAUCACACCAUUACAAUCACUUUGCCUUUUAAACUGUGGUAAAAAUGCUUUUCUAACACUGAAUCCAAUGUUGUAGUGCAGAUGUCCUAUAUGGUAAACACAAAAAAAGCCAUAUCUGCUAAUAGCAGCUCUGACAGAGUAUGUUGGUAAUGUAUCCCAUUUGUACAAAAACUACUUAUUUUGGAGCAUGGUAGUAGUUUAAUUAAAGAAAAAUUGGAAGGCAACAAAGAGUUACUUUUGCUUGAGGAACACCACUAGAAAAAAAUUAUUGUCUUGUAAGUAUGCUGACUGAUUCUGUCACAUUUGUUUACUGAACUAUUCUAAAGUGUACAUGAUGAUUAUCUUUUCCCACUGUUUACUCACACUUUAUUUAAUUCAUUUCAUACCAACACUGCAGCAUCUAUUUAACAUAAUAAUCUCAUAAUCACACAUGAUAAUGGCAUAAAUAGCUAUUAUAUAUUAUUAUAGCCUACUACUUUCUUAAAAGUAUUUUCUUAUUGGUGACAGCAGCAAAAGUUCCCCAUUUGUUUUUAGCUGAGAUUAAUACCGAUUAGAACAUAUACCGGUAUGCAUGCAGUCUCAUUGUAGGGCAUGAAUGGAGUGUCAGAAUUUGAGAUCCUGAAGGUGUGUUUAUAUUAAUUUUUUCCCUUUGUUUCAUUUCAAGCUAAAUAUUUCACAUUGGUUCUUUAGUUUGGUACCACCUCUUUCCAUCUAAUAAGAAAACAGUUUGCAUCUAUAGAUUUGGCAGCAAUCAAGAUUCACGGUACUGUAUACUGCAAUAUGUAAGUAGUAUCCUCGCCCAACCUGAAUAAGGUUGUUAAUAUCUGACCUGGGCCAGCUGAAUAGAUGAAGUGCUGAGUUUGGGAAGACAGCCCACUGAAGUAGUAACAAUAUCAUACACAUAUCAAGGCAAAUAGGAAUGUUUGAUUAUUAUUAUUAUUAUUAUUUGCAAGUAAUUGCAAAACACACCACAGUAUGUGUAGCAUUGUGAGUAUACAAUAAUGGUCUUGCUCACCAUAAUAGCAGGACCUGAUGGCAAAGUAAUGGCACAAAUCUCUUUUCUCUAUUCUGGAGGACAGAAAUGUGUCAGUCUGUCCAAAUAGGCUUUUUAAACAAUCCUUUGGCAACUUUGCAUCAAAUUUUAAUCCAUAAAAUCAUCUUCAAGUUUAAUAUGAACCUAUCUUUUACAGAAGUUUAAACAUCCUUGUUUGUUUUUUUAAAAUGCAAUCCAUUCCUUAAACAGUUGAACAAAGCUUCAGAUAUGCAUAUAAAUUGAAGAAACGUAGCAUGACAAAAAUACAUUCAUUUGACACAAAACAGGGAAAUGAGAAAUAUCAAGGACCUCAUUUUAGAAGAAAAACAAGUCAGUAACAGGUGUACACAAUGUACGUCGCUUGUUAUUCCCACAGCUGCUGACUGAUUUGUCAUGUCUUUAUUCUAACUAGAAUGGCUGACUAUCUACAUUUAUUCAGCACAAUUAAAUUUAGCACGAGAGAGUAGUGCUAAAUCCAAAAUAUUUUAAAUUUUCUGCAGUGAGCAACUGAAGUUAACAUUUUAUAUUAGACUUUUAUUUUUUUUUAUAUUUAUUGCUUUAUGUGGCUACUAUUAAUUCAUUAAUAUUAAUAAUAAAGUAAGCAUUUAUUUAAUAAUUAUUAGACAAACAUUUUAGACCAAUUUGUUUCAUGUGAGAAAUAGCCAAAAUUUUUCCAGAAUCAGUUAUUGUUCAUUAUGACACCUUAAACUCAGUAUGGAAGUGUUACAUGUUCAAUAUAUUUUUGUAGAAACUGGCUUUUCUGAAAUAACAAAUGAAUUUUGUUGUCAUACAUCAGAAAAUUGUCAUGUUCAUCGAGACAUUGUGCUGCUCUUCUUGUACCCAUGUUCUAUUACUGUCGCUCUUGUUAUUCAGAAUUAUGUCCGUCCACACAGAAAAGAAAUGUUGGUGUUUGAUAUUUAUUUGGCAUACAUUAUGUACAUCUGCAUCCACACAAACAAAUAACCACUCUUGUAAAUAUUGAAAUGUUUUUCCCAAAUGCUUUAUCCAACAACAAAAAAUAACAGUCACUAAUUUGUACCUGCAAAGAAAAUGCAACAGGCAUUUAAUCUGUCUGGCACCCUUGCUAUGUAGCUUUGACUAACAUUUGCACUCUGGAAGAAAAAAAAAAAAAUCCCACUCCACUUAAUGUUACCCGUUGCUUUGACAUUGUAAGACACUGUCCCAAAUACAUCAGUUUAUUUUUGAUUGAUGGUUUUAAGUAAAUAUUCAAAAAUGAUUACUGUAGAAACCGAACAGAAAAGAAGUUCUCUGUUAUGAAAAUAUGACCGUACAGAAGUUCAACUGACGUUUUGCAUUUGUAGCACACAUUCGGUUUAUAGGCCUGGAAAAAUAUGCAUUUGGUAAAACUAACUUUCGUUUUGGUGUUAUUCUUAUUUCUCAUAUAAUAUGAAUAAUCUCAUAUAAAAUCUGAACCUUUAAGAAUCUUGUGAGGCACAUGGAAAUACUUGUGGCAAAUUCCACACUAGAAACUGUAGUGUCUGAAAAGGUCUUCCAACAUUUUCAAGAUGAGUGUGAAAUGAGUCCUAUACAUCACAAUACAUGGAACAAAAACACUGAUUCAAGCAACAGCCAUAGUUCUGGCCAUGUUUUUAAACACCAGGGAUACCUCUUUCCCUGUAAUCAUGGUCCACUCCAAAGUGUACUUGACUGUACUUCAGCAGCUUACUCAAAAUAAUGCCCACAGCCUGGAGCUCAUAGAAAGCAGAUGUUGUAAACUGGUCAUAUGACAAACAAGAGAAAAUAUGCACAUUUACCCUCCUUGUCCUUUUGUUGUGCACAUUUUUUUCAUUGGAAACGAGUCCAGUUCGAGUCUUCUCACUGUCUACCCCUGACCCUUCAUGAAAGGAAAAAAUGUCAAUGUGCCGUUGUACACUGUGUUUUACUUAUACAAUAGAACAUUUGCAACUUAAUGAUUUAUUAUGCUCUUUGGCUUUUAUACAAUUAAUUAUCACAUGGACAUCUUUUUUAUUAUGUUUAUCAGAGCAGUGUGUCUUGUUUUGACAUGUAAUUAACAGCUUUUGUAAGAAACAUCUACCCAAUAAUAAAAUAAAAGUCAAACGUAUUCACCAUGUACGCGUGUAUGAUGCAAUGUUGCAACUUCUGCUACCGAAGCCCUCUUUAUAGUAAAGCUAUUUUCUUUUCUCUA